UCAAAAGGAAAGCCUUCGACCGCGCAGAUCCCCUCUUCUUUCCAUCCCUCUCCCGCGCACGCGCCGUCAAACCCUAGCUGGCUCGCUCCGUCCCUCCUCCUCUCAUGGCGUCCCCGCGUGCGCCCGACUGGCCCCGUGGCCUCAUCUUCGCCCCCGGCGACGCCGAUCUCAUAACAAUCCACCUCCAGCGCAAGAGCUCCGGGUCCUCGCUCCCCGCCGCCGACGCCCGGUACAUCCACAACGCGGACGUGUACGCGGCCGAGCCCGCCGCGCUCGUCACCGGCCUCCUCCCCGCCUCGGCGAGGAGCGACGGCGAGGGCAGGGAGUGGUACUUCUUCACCUCCGUGCGGGCCCAGAGCAGCCGGGACACCCGCAGGUGCCGCGCCGUCGCGGGUGGGGCCGGCACCUGGCAUUCGGAGAAGGCGCGGUGCGUCGUGCUCGACGGGGGCGGCGCCGUCGUCGGGUACCGCCAAUCCUUCACCUACGAGCCCAAGAACGGCUGGCUGAUGCUCGAGUUCAGCCAACAAGAACCCCGCCGCGGCGAGGCCAUGCCCGUCCUCUGCAAAAUCUACCAGAAGCGUCGUGCCGGCCGGUCCGCCUCGAAGACGAUUUCGUCUGGGUCGUCGUCGAUGUCGGGAUCCAAGAGGAAGGCGGCGGCCGCGAACGAGCGCUCCGUCGAGGGUUCCUCGGCCCGCGUGAGGCGAUGCCUGCAGUUCCGUCUGCCUCCUGCCGCACCAAAUCCGCCCGCACUUGUUGCUACAUCGGAGAUUCAAGAAGCAUACUUGCUUUCAGCCCAGCGGCCGCAGGCAGAGCACGAACCAGAGGAGCCUCAAGAACCACCGGUACGCAUAGCACACAUAGCCACACCGCUGAUUCCCAGCUUCUCCAUGGCCGCCGACCACGCCCUGACCUUGGACCGCACCGCCUUCCUCCGCCCCGCCCAAGAUUGGCCCAUGCCAGGGAAUUCGGACCUGAGCGACACGUCGACGGUACUACUGGGCAAUUAUGGCUUCGUCUCACCAGCCACCUCCGAGCUGAGCUGCUACAAUGCCACGACACCCUUGAGAGAUAACACCGGCGCUUGGGCCUUCCAGCUGUCCGCCCUGACCUCCUCCUAUGACACCACCUUCCUCCUCCCUGGCCAAGAUUGGGCCACACCAGAGUCGUCACAAGUCAGUGAGGCAUCGACGCUGGACAGCUACGGCUGCUUCUCGCCCGACCACGCCACAUCCAGGCCCACCACACAGCCGAUCAGCAAUGGCACCGGCUAUUGUUGGUCUUUCCCGCAGCACAGCGAGCUAUCGGCGAUUUUUGGCGCCUGAUUGAAUGCUUUGAUACGCUUCCACGCUAGGCUGAGAGGAGUGUGGGUCUGCCUCCUUUAGUUUGUAGGGAUUUUUUUGCCAUACUCGAUUGUUCUUGGUAGACUUUUUCAGCAGCAACCCUGCUUUCUGUUGGAACCGAGGCUUGGUUCAGUUAACCGACAUCUUAGCGGUCCUCCGGCGAUGUAACUGGGAUGCACACAACACACGUAGCUGUGGAUCCUUCGUUGUGCACUCUUCCUAUAGCCGUGGUUUAGUACAAGAGUUUAUUUUGUGGGCCUCCAAUUGAUUUAGUUUUUUAGAUUAUUAUGCUUUUGUUGCUACUGCACACACACUGAAUAAUUCAGAAAUGGAGCGCUUCUUGUUUACCUGGCCCACACAGCGUUAUAAGGUGAAGAACUUUUUAAGCAAGGGGCCUCGUAGUCUCCUAUUCAUAUGUUUUUGGGGGCGAUGAUUCUUAAAUCUUAAUGUGGUCUAUCCUUCAUUAUGAACUGACAAACAAAGCAGCACAUCAAGCGAUUUGCAUGAUUUCACCCAGUUGGUUAAUCUGGGUAGAACAAUGGUUUUCCUUCCGCGUAUCUGAAAAUGAAAGAGUUCAGUGCUCUAAGUGAUACUUACAUACUCCCUCCAUCCGGAAAAGCUGGUCCCAAGCUUGUCCCUCAAAUGGAUGAUGCUAGAUACAUCCACUUGAGGGACAAGCUUUUUCGGACGGAGGGAGUAUAUAAUUACUAGAGCCCCAAUAUAAUUAGUCAUACUUCGAGGUAUAUGAUAUGAGCAGAGCCUGGAUAUAAUUAUAUUUUUUUUGUCUAUCAAUAGCAGUUCAUUAUAUUUUGGUUUGAAUUAGCAAUACCUGUACCUUCAAUGAUGUUUUAAUUUGUUACUCUACUUAGCUAUUACUGUUAUUGACACAACAAAGUCAUGCCAUCAAUAGUCACUCUUUUUGCAGAUUCAGAAACAAUGUAGAGCUUACUGAAGUAAAACAAAGUAUAUGUUAUUAGCUGUCAUAAUGUUCACGUCAAAGUUGUCUUGUUUCAUACCACUGACCGCACCUUUGGUCGCGACGCGUCAAAAUAAGCCUUCUUCGUUUUUGGUCUAAUCGGCUUUGGUUCAUUUCUUCUAGUUGUCAUUUGUGCAGGCAUUGAGCUUUCCAAGGAGGAACAAAGCCUUAGAUGAUGCACUGUUUGGUUUCUGCAUCAAACAGUUCUCCCCCUCCAUUAUGACAUCAUAAUGAACUUUUUUGUUUAUUUCUGUGAUUCAUGCGCCUUCAUUUGUUCUUGUGUGCUUUUUUGUGAGGCAGGAAUGCAGUCCGUGAAAUACUUGAAAAGAAAUUUCAGCCACUUCUGAGGACUCCUCACUAGUGAACAUAGUUUUUGUUCUAUAUAUCCUCUGCACCCUGCCCCACCCUCUACAUUUCGUACUAGCUAGAUGCAAAAAUGCAUUAAAUUUUUUUCCUGGUAGCUACGGGGCGUGUUAUCUUUCUCUGCGAUGUUUUCUCUUUAAAGCGUCUAUUUAUUUUGUAGGCUAAAAAGAACAAAGUAGAUGGUGUGGGCAGGGAUGCUUUUAGCAGAUUUUCAGAUUAGUACUCCUCGCAAGUGCUGAAAAACCUGACUCCAUACCAGAGCGCUGUUAUUGGUUCAGGUUUGGAUAACUCCUUGUGUAUGGGAAGCAUGAAAUUUCGUCAGAGUUUGCCAGAUGGGUGGCUGACCAG